CUUUUACACACACACACACACACACUCAUGCAACGCACCAGAAUUGUUAUUGUCGAAGAAAUUUUCUGCCAAAUCAUGUAUAUCUGGAUAUUUGAACCGAUGAUACCGAUGAUGAUGAUGAUGAUAACCGAAAUGCCAUCGUUAUCAUAUAAAAACAUGCAUUCGUUUUCGAUUCUGGUUUGAUUCAUGAUUCGUAAAAUGUUGUUGAUUGUGCGUUUGAAACAAUUUGUACAAAAUGUGUUUUUGUAUUGAAAAGUGAAACAAAAAUGUCAUCAACAAGAUUUUGGUUUCUUUUCUCACUAUUCUUGUUAUUAUUUUCAUCACAUCAUCAACUGACGAAUGCGGACAAAGAUGAAAAGGCCAUCGUUCAUCAUGAAUCAAGUUCGAUAUUGGUACAUUUUACAUUGGAUCAUUUUCGUGGGCCAUUAUGGAAAAUGUCCAAUCUGGUAUAUAUAAGCAAUGGUGAUGAUGGUUCAAAUCAUCAACCACAUUAUCGACAUUGGCCUAUUCGAAAUGGAAUCGGAAAAUGGAAACGUCUAUGGUAUCUGAAUCGAUUAAGCAAUGGUUUCAUACGAUUAGAUGACAACGAUUACAUCAACAACAACAACAACGAUGCAACAAUCCAUUCCGAUAAGAAUCGUUUACAUUUUAUUCUAUCAUGUGAUAUUAAUAGUGAUCAAACAAAUGGCUUGUAUCAUUUCAUACAAAAUUGUUCCCUGUAUCAGAUUGAAACGAUUGUCGUUCGAAAAUUGAUACGACCGAAAUUUAAUCUAUUAUUGAAUCUCUUCCAUAAUUCCAGCUAUCAAUGGGAACGACCAUAUAAUUAUCCAAUUACUCCGACUAAACUGGAUGAUCGAACAUCAUUACGAUUAGUAUCAGUAUUGGAAGAGAAUAAACGAAUGAUCCUGAGAUGUGUGUUCAAAAAACGUUGCAUCAUCAAACACGAGAACCAAAGUGCUCAUUAUGACUUUGAUGUUGUUUACCACAAUGAUGAGAAUGAUUCCGAUGAAUUGAAUUCUCGAUUUCAACGACAAUUAAUAAAUGAUGAUUAUGAUUACUAUGAAUAUGAUGACUCUGAUACUGAUCAUCAUCAUGAAUCGAAUGAUAAUUACAUAUCCAAAUAUACCGCCUAUUUACUAGUGACAAUCAUUAGUUUAUUCACAAUCAUAUUGUUGGUAUUGAAACAAAUUCUGAUCAAUUAUAAUUAUUUAUAACAAAAAACAUAAAAAAUAUUUCAAAUCUACCCAUUAUAAUAAUACUAAAUGGCGAUUAUUAAUUUUUUCGUCUUGUCAUUUAUGAAUGGUCACCGAAUAUAGAACUGUUGAAUUUAUUUA